AUGGCCCACAAGCAAUCCGACUGCAUCACUAUAAACGACACGACACCCACAAUAAGUUUCUCACACUCCCCCAUGCAGAAUGACCCAAAUGCUAAGCAACCCUCUUCUGAACCCAAGGCCUCGCUGGACGACAAUGUGAGCCAACUGCUGGGCACCACAAUAGCGGCCAUCAAUGUUACGAAAGACCUCGUACCCAUCAACCUGGCGAAAGGUAUCCUAGGGACGGUCGCAAAUAUCUUGAUUAUUGCGCAGAACCUCUUUGAAACCAUCGGAAGGUCAAUGCCAUGUGCGACAUGUCGUAGAAGUCCCAACUUGAAGGCUGUGGCUAUCAUGCGGCAACUACUACGUAGCUGGGCAGAGGGUUUAAAAUUUUGCAAAGUUCAAGUCCAGACUGUCCAGCUCUGUCAGGACUCAGAAUACGGUGGAAAUGACAUAAGGAUUCAAAAUACAGUAAUAAUGUUGAUAGAAUCUAAGGAUGUGCAAGCAGCGUUGCAUUUGAAAUUGUUAUGGUGGAAAUUGCGCGUAAUUAUUGCAGACGAACCUCAAAAUCGAACAAGAAAGCUCAGGUAUCUUUUGAACGUGACACCGUAUGGGUUUGGUGUGGGUAAACUUGAACCAAGACGUCAAUCACGAUUCAUGUUCCUUGUAACUCCGCGCGAAUUGGACGAGCUCAAGACGCGGCGAAGUGUGGGUGUGGAUGAGGCUAUGGACGGCUUUGUCGAGUCAAAUCGCGGGAGCACACAUCCGUCACCGAGUGAGGAGUCGAGUAGAUCGACGAGCAUUCACGUUCGUUACAAGAUGACAGCAUUUAAUGGCCAUGGGGAGUUAUUCAAGAUUGAGGGAUGUGUAUCCGAGAACACACUCCAGAUCGGCCCAAACGUUAAGCAACCCUCAUCUGAACCCAAGGUCUCACAGGACGAAAAUGUGAGUCAACUGCUGGACGCCACCAUAGCGGCCAUCAACAUUACGAAAGACCUUAUACUCAUCAACCUGGCGAAAGGCAUCCUUGGAACAGUCGCAAAUAUCCUGAUUAUCGCGCAGUCAGUGAUCAAGAACAAGUCCGAUUUCCUAGCGAUAGUCGACAGAUCAGUGAACCGCAUCAAUAGUGAAGUAGCCUCAAGAAAGGAACAAGGAUUUUGGAAGAGACUCUUCUCUGUUACGAUGGAUCGCGACCAGAUCGCUGGAUGGGAAAAGGACUUAGAUCGCGUCCUCGUACUAUUCAGUACUGAAGCAAUUGCUGGCAUCGCGAUCAGAGUGGAGAAGCUAGUUCUGGGACCGCAGGACAACGCCAAUGUAAUUGAUGUCAUAAAGUGUCGCCCACCUAUCCCUCCACCACGGCCUUCCAUAUUGUAUGGCCGCGAUGAUCUUGUCGCAGAGUUGACGAACCUCGUCGUCAAUGAUGAGCAUAUUGCAUUGAUUGGUCCAGGAGGCAUGGGAAAGAGUUCUCUCGCCAAAGCUAUCCUCAAUGAGUCCCUUGUCAUCGAGAAAUUUGCUCAUGGGCGCUUUUUCGUGACAUAUGACGACCUCGAUCCUUCCACCAUUACGUUUGACACUUUUAUGACUCGUUUCGCGGGAGUUCUUGGCAUGCAGCUUGCUGGAGCUGAUCCUGUAGGCCAAAUUUCCUCCUUUCUUCGUUCUGCUACCACCCUCAUUGUCCUCGAUAAUGCCGAGACCUUUGAAGAGGCCGGCGAAUCCUCGGCCCUCAAGGAAAUACCACCAGCUAUUGCUGAAAUUGCAGACAUCCCCGGCGUCAUUCUGAUUCUCACAUCGCGUAGUAGAAGGAAUGCACCCAAUGUAGAAUGGAUAACGAAGGAUAUCCCGCCAUUAGAUUCGAGCUCGGCUCAGGAGGCAUUCUUUCGAAUUUACCGCAUAGCCAGUCGUAGCAAUGCGGAAGAAGAAAUAACAAACCUGCUUAAGGAGUUGGAAUUUCACCCUCUUUCCAUCAAUCUACUCGCAAAUGCUGCACAGCAAAACCGCUGGUCUCCACGGACGCUGCUGGAGCGAUGGAAGGAUCGGCACAGCGCAGUACUAGACCACGGGGAGGGAAAGCUGCAAAGUUUGUCAUACACCAUGGAGCUGUCGCUCAGCUCGCCGUCGGUCCAGAAACUCGGAGAGAACGGUCGGCAUGCUUUGGCUGUUAUCGCCUUCCUGCCCCAGGGUCUCAACGAAGACCUGGCUAGCGAUUUAUUACCAUCGCUCCCGCAAGUCAGCACUGUAUGCGAUGUUCUAUGCAUGCAAUCGCUCGUUUAUCGUCAAGACAACUUCAUCAAGAUGCUCGCUCCCAUACGACAUUUUGUUCGAGAUUCGUUGCCACCACCUGAUCCCACUUGUUUGCGAGAGAUACGCGCUCUCUACUAUCGCACUGUUCAACAAUGUUCAGAAGCACGCGAUAAUCCUGCUGAUAUCAUCAUCUCGGAUCAUCUCAACAUUGAGCAUGUACUUGCUUUUGACCUCGGCUAUGUCCCUAAAGAGACCUAUCACCCUUACUGGCAAUUUUUGCAGUGCUUGCAGUGGCAUCUUCCUCGCCCAACUACCCUUGCUCCGGCUAUCUUUAAUAUUGUAGAGAAGUCCUCCACGUGGGUGCCAAAAGCAGACUGCUUGUGGCGGCUAGGCUGGCUCUACUUCACUCUUUCUCAGCUCGCAGAACAAAUGAAGGCCUUCAAAGCUGCCGAGUCACUCUAUCUUACUGCCGGUCACCACGAGAAUGUGGCACACUGUGUUGCCCAAUGCGCAGACACAUACAGAUGUCAAGGCCGAUUCAUUCAAUCUCAACAGGUCCUGGAAGACUUCCAACACUCCGACUCGUGGAAGCAUCUCAGCAAAGCGAUGAAAGCCAAAACUUGGUUUUUCUUGGAUAUGACCCGGGUGUACACUUUCACAGCAUUUGCGGACGAAUUAUUUCUGAAGUCUAUGGAAGAUCGUGUAUGGGGCUUGCAGUCCAAGGUUUGGCACUGGCGGGCCAAAUCAUACUACGGCGGAGACAUUGUCCAGGUGAAGACAUACUUAGAAGACCCUCUCCGGCAAUGUGCACCUCCUAGAGAUCUCAUAGAACGCAGGGAAGCACUUUUGGGCCUUGCAGAAGUUGCAUUUUAUGAAGGCAGGUUAUCCGAUGCCAUGGAUAUCCUGCAGGAGCUCGUAGAGAUGUUGGAGGGACAACUUUCGGACCGUGUCCUUUGGUACACCGUCUGGAAAGCUGUAGUUGCAAGCAAGCAGGGGAAUCAUGCCCUUGCGAGAGAGCUUAUCCAACAAGCCUCCAGACCACUCGAAUUCCUCUCGCUGCGCAAUGCACGCGCAUUUCUCCACACAACUUAUGCCUCGGCACGCAUCGAGCUCACCGCAGGCGAGUACCACAGCGCCGAGUCUCAAUUCACUACCACGAUCGAAAGUUGCGAUAUGCAAGGCAACCUGGCGUUUAAGGCACACAGCCUCCGCGGAUUGGGAGAGGUUGCCUUUGCGCGCGGUGACUUUGCUGUAGCUGCACAGCGCUUCGCAGAGACACGGUCUGUGUGCACUGAGAUGGGAGUACCUCCCCGGAAUUUGUACAGUUGCACACCAUUCAGUGCUUUGCCGGAGAAAUUCAAAGGAUGGGCGUUAUUUUUGGAGGGCCAGUCACCGUUUGCGAAUGUUGUGUAG